AUGGAUUUCUUCGAACAUCAGCCUGCUGACCUUGUUGCGGACACUCCAUGUGAACCUGAGAACUUGCCACAGGAGCUGAGGGAACUGGCCUACGACCCUACACUGUCAGCUGUAGAACGUGGUCAGAAGGUUCAAAGGCUGGUUGCGCUGCGCAUACUGUGCUUUGAUGAUGGCAGCAACGAGCUUGUCUCAGACUUCAAAACGGCUUUGCUUGAAGAAUUUGGCUUUGACCCUGACUCGUUGACGUUUCCCUUCGGUAGCUGCUCGCAGGAGAACCAGGUGGAGCGUAUGAGCAAGCUUCUCAGGAAAGCAGCCGAGCUUCCAUCAUUUGAAGUGGGCUCUAUGGUGUGCUUCCACAGCGACAACCUAUUUUGCACCGCAAAGGUCGUCUUCGUCGCGGGCAAGGAGGUCAGAGUGAUCCGGCGUACUCCAGACGUAGGGUUGGAAGAGACCCUUCGUGCUUGGAGGCUGAAGCCAUGGCAGAAUGACGAUGUAAAUGAGACUGCAGACGUGAGCGUUCCGGACUCCGAGGAGGGUUGGCGUUUGGCAUCCGACACUGCUGUGCCUUCUGAUACCACCGUCCCCAAGGAUUUCGGGUACCGGAUCAGUCGGCGACUGGAGGUGAAAAACUCCACAGCCAAGAACUUUGUGGAGCUAUUGCAGAGAGGCGAUCGGCACGAACAAGCACAAGUGGCCAAGAAGCUGCGCAAGAUAGGAUAUCCGAUCCCACUCGCUGAUGCCUCCCUUCCUGGAAAUUGCCGGAUGCAAAGUGUUUUGUCGAUGGGAUGCCUGCGAUACGUUGAGGCCAACGACAGCAGGCUUUGCACUGACACGAGCUUGCCCCGCAUUGUAAGCAUUUGUUCAGGUGCUCCAGGGGAUGAUGAUGCAUGCAAUAGCCUGAAUGCUGAGAUGGUGAACAAGGUCCUAAACACAGCCUUCCCAUCAGAAGAGGAGGAUGAAGCGUUCAGAGGAGCCUUUGUGAGCCGCGGGCGUCUUGACAAGACACAGGUACUUGUGUUUUGCAUUUAUGGCCCAGUGGCAGAAUUGGGCAAGGAUGUGCUCAAGGCUCUUGCAGGCGUGGACAUUGUUCUUACUUGCGGAAAGCCUGAUGCUUCUAGUACAGAUGCUAGCCAGGCGCGACAUCAGCUUUGGUGGUGGCACAGCGGAGGCAAAGCGAAAAUCGAAGGCAAUCACAUAUUCGGCAGGCAGAAGCUUGAGCAGUGCAUUCGCCAAAAGCUUGCCGACACUUUGAGAGCCCAUGGCUCCCAGCAAAGGCCCCCCUUGCCUGCUGACUCAGAGGAAGACAAGUUUCUUGAUGAGAUUGCUGCAGAGGUUGCGCACGUCUUCAAGAGAAACCACUACGUCAGCUUUCGGCAACAACUUCGGCAUAGUCAGAGUUACAUCCAGGAGCACAACUAUCGCCGCGACAUCAUCACUGCGAAGCUGGGGCCUUCAGUCGUGACGGAGCUGAAGAAGAAGGUUGAAGAGUCUGAGAAGCAGCGAGGUGAGCAAGCUAUGAAGGCACCGCCCGCGAUCGUGAACUUGAUGCUUCGGAUCCUUAGAAGCAGUGCCCGCCAUGAGCAGCUCCUAGGCCUGAUUGAGCUGGCCAUGGAAAUGGGCCGCUGCGAAGCCCCUGCCUUGGAAGCCAAACUGGAUGCAAGGACACGAGCUCGGGAGAGGUUCGAACAAAGCACGGAAGGAGAUGACAAGGAGCAAGCGCGUCAGGUGCUCAAAGAUGCCGAGGAAGCAGUGGCAAGUGCCGGAACCGGCUUGGAACACCUGUGGCGUGAAGUCGGGCUGAUCCAUGCCAGCCGGUAUCUUGCAAACGGCGGCGUGCUCGAGCUGUUGAACGGCGAGGCUUGCGCCGUCAACCGGGACUUCAUGGAUGACGUGAUCGCAGAGCUAGAUCAAGUGCUGGAGAGGAAGCACGGGCGGAAAGCCAAGGUUCUUGUGAUCAGCAUCUGCGGUGUCCAGAGUAGCGGCAAGAGCACUUUGAUCAACACCAUGUUUGGAUGCGACAUGAGGACUUCCGUUGGCACAUGCACUCGUGGUGUGAAUAUGGCCCUCUUGAGCACGGAUGGACAGUGGUUGUUCGAAUUUGGAGAACGCCCGGACUACACACUCAUUCUAGAUUCUGAGGGUACAUGCAACCCAUUGAACAAGCAUGAAACCUGGGAUGCAUGGCACAACAAUCGCCUAACCACCUUCUGCAUGCUAGCGGCAGAUGUAUGCAUCCUCCUCAACAACAAUGAGGACCAUACUUUCAUGCAAUCUGUGCUGCCGCAGGUGAUGAUUGUCAAGCAGGCGUUGGAUCCAUUCUUGCGACAACUUGGAAUGACCCGAUGCAACGUGGUCGUUUACAACCGCAUUGACGCGGAGCAAGCCAAGUCCAAGCUGAAGACCGUUCGCGAGGCGCUGAUCGACAGUGUCGAGGCGCAAUGGAGGGAACUUGUCCAGGAGCGUGGCGCUGGUGCCAAAAACUCUGGAUUCCAAAUUACUAAGGAAGAUUUCCACUACUGCAGCCACAUGAGGCAUGUGACAGAAGCCUCCUACGAAGACUACGGUAUGCAGGUGGAGGGGAUCCGCUGCCGCAUUCAGAAGGCCUUGAAUGAGUCCAGGUUCAAGGCGGCAGACCUUAACCAGUGGUACAAGGUGGUGGAGUCUGUGUCCGAGUGUCUUGACAGCUUCUCUUUCGAGCAGAGCUUCAGCAGCCUUGUUCGCUUGAAGCUCGAACUGAGCUGCCGCAAGAUGAUGCGGGAUUGCUACCACGUGAUUGCCACGAUCUGUUCCAAGCAUCAGGAAGCCACCGAAGCACAGCUGCACAGCGGUCAAGCCAUUCCCACAGUGCAAGAUAUGCUUGGCAAACUCAAGAGCGACAUUGAGAAGGACAUCCGCAAGUCUAACGUCAGGGACAAGGUGGCCAAGUUCCUUCAAAACCCACAGUAUUCAUCCUUGCAGGAGGAGGAGCAGAGGAACUUUGAGAAGUACAUCACAGCUUCCAUAGAUGAGGCCACAUCGAAUGUCUCUCAGGCUUACAAAGCGGAGGUCGAGGUCAAGCAAGUGGAAGGCAAAGGAAUGGAGGACAUCAUGACUGAGGUGAAAGCCAAGCUGAAGGAUCCCAUUUUGGGACCUUGUCUCCGCAGACAGGAUCAGCAGGGCGCGGACAAGCGAAGGCAGGUCUUUGACGAAGCCUUCGACAAGAAGCUGAAAUCCUUGGCUACCAACGACCUCGCCGCUCAUAUCGACAUACCUGCAAGGGUGCGAGACAAGUGGCCUAGGCAGUUGGUGCUGCAAACUGAUGUUGGUGCCAAACAGCAAGGCCAGCAUUUGCUGAGCUUUCUGAAUGAUGCUGGGCACUUCGUUGUAAACGUCUGGAGAAAGAUCAGCUACCAGCAAAGCUUGGAAAGGGACAAGGAGGAUCAACUGAAGGAGCUUGCUGAGCGCGCGGCUGCUUGCUUGGACAAAGUCCGGAAGCACAAAGGGCCGUUUUCAGAGAAGUGCGUGGAAGAGGCCGCCAAGGCAGCACAAAUUCUAUUUGACUCCCAGACCUUACAAGUGACUGACAGUGAGAAGAAGCGCUUCACCAUGCACAUCAUGAUGAAGACUGGGGAGAUUUUGGCCAAAGCGGAUAAGGAGUGGCAGCAGCAAAACAGCCCGCUUUGCAAAGUCAAGGCUCAAAGGCCUAAGCUUUUGGCAAGGUUCGAGGCACUUUGUGCUGGUGUCCUGAGCAUUCAUGCUUUCGGUCAGAAAAUCGGCAAUGAUGUGAUCGAGGCUGCCAAGGACUACAUGCGGGCACAAACGCUCCGUCGAACAUCUUCCUGCCUAUCGCAAGUGCCGGCUGCUACGGAGGCUCAGGUGCUGUUUGCCGCUAUCAACUUGGACCUACUUGACCAGCUGGAAGCAGACGAAGAGAAGGGCCUCGAUCUGCUGAUGUACAACUCCAAAAGUCACCACAAGCACGUCCUGUGGUCGAAGAUUCAGCUCAAAGUGCCGUCACCUGCAACAAUGAAAGCCGAUUGCCUGAAGGCGACGACUUAUGCUUUAGACGCCAUGAAGUUGGUGGUGUUCUCACAGGCUCCGCUUACAGAUGAAGCUGAAUUUGUGAAAGCUGGCAAAGACCUUCCGCACCUCCUCAACAAGUUCCUGCCGUCAACGCUUUGGUCGCAAAUCUCCGACUUCUUCACAGAUGGCCCUGAGAUGCAAGACUCAGAAGUACAGGAGCUCUUCGAUGGCAUCAUCUCCACAGUGAAGAGCAACUGGCCUGAGGCUCCAAGCAUCAAUGACGUGGACGAUAUCCUCCAAGACAUGAGUGCUGUGGCAAAAGAAGUUGCAGACGCAGCUAAACCCCGCUGCAGCGCAAGAUGCCCCAUGUGUAAAAUGCAGUGUAUGGAAGCGGAGUCCCAUGAUGGACAGCAUAACUGCUUGCACCAGCCCGAUGGUCUCGCGGGUGUGCACUAUGUUCACUCUAAAGAGCUUUGUGUGAGGACCUGCACCGAGCACGUUGAGCACGGUGACACGUUCUAUCCGGAUGCUGACCAUUCUAAGCCGGCCAUUCCCUAUGCAGACUUCAGCAAGCAGUACCUAACUUGGAAGAAACCCUCGGCCAAGUACCCUCAGGAAAUGAUGGCAAACUACGAAGCUCGCCUUUACAUCUUCGCAAAGUAUCAGCACAAGAUCGCCCAGAGAUUGAAUCUCAAGCCUUGCCCGAACGUGCCGACGCCUGAAUCGCUGGAUGUUCUCAAGGGAAAGCUCCAGAAAAUUUUGGAAGAUGCAGACAAGGAGGUUUCGGGCGCCCAAAACCAGUGA